AUGUCUACAGCUGCUCGUCGUCGUCUUAUGCGAGAUUUCAAGCGCAUGCAAACGGAUCCUCCCGCUGGUGUUUCAGCAUCUCCUGUUGCAGAUAAUGUUAUGCUUUGGAACGCCGUCAUCAUCGGUCCCGCAGAUACUCCUUUCGAAGAUGGGACUUUCCGACUCGUUAUGACCUUCGAAGAACAAUAUCCAAAUAAGCCACCUGCUGUCAAGUUCAUCAGUCAAAUGUUCCAUCCUAACGUUUAUGCAACUGGAGAGUUGUGUUUGGACAUCUUGCAGAAUAGGUGGAGUCCUACAUAUGAUGUUGCGGCCGUUUUGACAAGUAUUCAAAGUCUUCUUAAUGACCCAAACACCGGUUCCCCCGCCAAUGUCGAAGCUUCCAACCUAUACAAAGACAACAGAAGAGAGUAUACGAAACGUGUUAGGGAAACGGUGGAGAAGAGUUGGGAGGAUAAUUGA